UCUCUCUCGCUUUCAGAUUGUUGUUCUAGCCGAAUCUUAUUCCUAAAAGAGCAAACAUUCAACAUAAUACAGCAACAUAAAAUGCAGCAAUAUCAACAAUAUGAUGAUGGUCGUCAGCCUUUAAAUGAAAAAUACGAACAGCAUGUCUACAGCAAUAAUGGUGCCGGCGAACUGAUCAACAACAACAAACAUCAUAUCAACAUCAACACAGAUGAUGAGACAACAUCUGAAGAUCAAACAGCCGAAGCGUCCGGCAAGGAUAGGCCACCGCCGCAGAGUAAAGGUGGUGGCAGAGGUUUAGAAGACAUAAAACCUUUUGGUGAUUUGGGAAAGCAAAUCAGUGAACUAUUAUUGGCUGAUGUAGCGAAACAGAAUAAGAAACAUCCCGUUGAAAAUCCCGGUUAUCAAUUGAUUGACUUCUAUCAAAGUAUAAUGGACAAUGUAUUAUCGUUUGCCUGUACUGGUCAAUUUCUUACAGAUUUCUGUUUAAAUGGCGGCCGUUGCUUUCGAGUGCCCAUGGGCAAUCAAAGUCUGUUUUCAUGUGAGUGUGCUGAUGGUUAUGUGGGUGAGCGCUGUGAAUCGAAAAGUGUUAAUGGAGUUUUUGUGCCCUCGUCAGCAUUAGAUCAACGUAAACCGAAAAUUUUAACGGCCCGAGUGGUAUUCUCUUUUCCCAUGCUGAUAUUCUUAACGGUUAUUUAUCUGUUCUUUGGCAUGCUGAUUGUUUUCAAAUGUCAACCGCCGUUUCGCGCGAAAUAUACGCCUCAGACUUCUUCGUCUUCUUCUAGAGCAGCCGGUUUGCUCUUUACCUAAAGGACUUCCGCCUUAAAGAAAGUCACAUUCGUUUAAUAAUUUCAAAGGACUCGGGUUACAAGAGACAAGUGCAAUUUUUUUUCUACUUAACAAUUAAAUUUAACGGUUUUUUGGUAGUUAUCACUUUAAAUGAAAAGCUUUUCCAUAUUAAAACCUUAACGCCUCGAUUUUGUGGUUAUGGAAAACUUUAAAUUCUUAUAAAAUAUCCUUUAUUUAAUUAAAUUAAUUUAAUUUCUUAUUAAAUACUGCGCGCAGUUUUUCUUUUUUAGUUUAAAUGCUUUAAAACUAAAAUAUUCAUUUAUAAUUCUUCAGUAGUUUUCAUGGAAAGUAGUUAAUAUUCUAGUAGUUGAUUUAUAAUUUUCAUUAAUAUUUUUUUUUUCUUUUCUAAAGAAAAGCGCGCUUUUUCUUAAAAAUUUAUAUUAUUUUUCUAAUAAUUUAGCAAAAUUUGUACGUGGCUGCGUAUAGUUUGUAAUUCAUUUCUUUUCUUACUGAGGCGCUUUCAGUUAUAGAAUAGUUUUCUUUUUUUCUUUUGAAAUUAAAUUAAAAUUUAAUAUAUUUUUGCAACUUUUGAGUUGCCAUCUUUCUUUAUUCUCCCUUAGUAAUAUUUAAUUUAUAUACAAAUUUUCGCUUUCGAUUUAUUUAUUUCUUUAUUUCGUUUGUAUAUAAAUUUUUGUAAUUUUUUUUUAUAAAAAUAAUAAAAUGACGUAUUAAACAAUUAAAA